AUGGCCGGGGCCGCGAUGGCCGAGCGGGGCCGCGCGCCCCCCGCGCCCGGCACGGAGGGGCUGCCGCGCGCCUUCCUGCAGAGCCUGCGCACCCUCUUCGACAUCCUGGACGACCGGCGGCGCGGCUGCGUGCACCUGCGCGAGAUCGAGUCCCGCUGGCAGGGCGCCGACGCGCGCGAGCUGCCCCGCGGCGUGCUCGAGGGGCUGCGCCGGGCGGCCCCGGCCAGCGGCUACCUGACCUUCGAGCGCUUCGUGGCCGGCCUGCGCACCUCGCUGCCCAGCGCCGAGGCGGGCGCGGCCCCGCGGCUCCGGCCCGGCCGGGGACCGCCGCGCGCCGCGCCGCCGCCGCAGCGCCUGGUGUUCGCGCCGGCAGACGAGCCGCGGACUGUGCUGGAGAGGAAGGCCCUGCCCCUGGGCGCGCGCCCCCCGCCGACCGGCCCCGGCGGCGGCGCGGCCCGGAGCCCGGAGAAGCUGUGCAGCCCGGCCGAGGCGGAGCCCGAGCGGCCGCAGAGCUUGGCACUGGAGCGGAGCCCGAGCGCGGACGCUGGUGCAGUGGCCUGCAGUGCCGAGGAGACGGGCUGUGGGGAUGCCCGGCGGGCCCCCCGCGCCCGAGGGGAACGGCGGAGGCACACCAUCACCAACGGCGUGGACUGUGGCCUGCUGAAGCAGCUGAAGGAGCUGGAGCAGGAGAGGGAGGUGCUCCUGCAGGGCCUGGAGAUGAUGGCGCGCGGCCGGGACUGGUACCAGCAGCAGCUGCAGCGGGUGCAGGAGCGCCAGCGCCGCCUGGGCCAGAGCAGAGCCAGCGCCGACUUUGGAGCUGCAGGGAGCCCUCGCCCGCUGGGGCAGCUGCUGCCCAAGGUACAGGAGGUGGCCCAGUGUCUGGGGGAGCUGCUAGCUGCGGCCUGUGCCGGCCGGGCUCUCCCCACAUCGUCCUUGGGGCUCCCGUGCCCUGCCCUGGCCCCCGCCUCACCCCCGGCCUCCAGCUGGCAGCAGCAGACCAUCCUCAUGCUGAAGGAGCAGAACCGGCUCCUCACCCAGGAGGUGACCGACAAGAGCGAACGCAUCACCCAGCUGGAGCAGGAGAAGUCUGCCCUCAUCAAGCAGCUGUUCGAGGCCCGUGCCCUGAGCCAGCAGGGCGCUGGGCCUCUGGACUCCACCUUCAUCUAGUGGCGAGAGCAGACCCAGGCCCCUCUGGGCCCGGCGUGGCCCUGAGCCCAGCGGGCACCCCUUUGGCUCUAGCCUCUCUGGCUGAAGACCACCCUGCCAGCCUGGACACAGCUCUUGAACGGGUGCCCUGCCUCCCUCCGCCCUUGCCAUCUGGGCUACCCAAGGGCUGUCCCAGGCAGAUCCCCAGACUGGCCAGUGUGCCCAGAAUGACUUGGAUCUGGCCUCGGGUGCUGAGCUGUGUUGUUGGUGCUCUGUUGUGCUGGCACAGCCUGAUGCUGCUACGACCACUGUCAGUGGACAGUGGGGGACCCUCCUGGUGUUUGCCAGAUCUCAGGCAGCCCUGGGCAGGGAGGAGCUGUGGUAGCCCUGCACCCACGUGUGCAGCCAUCCUGUCCUGUGCUGCAGAGCGGGGCCUGGUCUCUAGUAAAAGGUACCGGCCACACCAGGCUGCACUUCCCAGGGCGGCCAGCAGAGGGCGUCGGGCAAACACAGUCCACCUGCCCCAGGGGAUGCCCCAGGCAUGGGGUGGUUGGGGCCACAGGUCCUGGGGAUGUUCUAGGGGACCUGGGGUACCCAGGCAGUCAAGGGGCCCAAGGGCAGCUUGACAGGGUGGCUGUUGCUCAGAUGGAGCAGAUGGGCCGGGGCACUGCCUCUCCUAGGGGGCUCUGUAUGUGCCCGCUGGGUGGGGGAGCCACAGAACUAGAGGCUGGGGACGGAGCACAGCGUCUGCCCCAGGGUGAUGUCCGCCGGCCCUGCCCAGGAAGGGGGAACAGAGAGCAACCCAGUGCCUCGCCUGGCUGUGGUGUCCCACGCAGGGUGAAAACAGCAGAUCCUCCAAGUUUGCAGCCUGAAAUCAGACCACCCGUGUGGCCCAGGAGACCUCAAGGGGGGAAUUUAAAGUGGUCCCAGACCGACUGGGCCCAGGCCACCUGCAGGAGCCAAUGCAGGUCCUCUCUGGAGCCCAGCCCUGGUGACCGUGGGGGGCAGGAAGGUCUCCCUGGAGGAGGCUGUUGGCCAUUGUGGCAUGUGGGCCGCAUCCCUGGCCUCUGUCCACUAGAUGGCAGUAGGGCGCGCCCAAGAGCACACACACAAACACACUCCGUCGUCCUGACCGCAGGAAAUGUCACAGGGUGUUGCCAUGUGUCCCUAAGGGGGUGAAAAUCACCCCUGGUGGAGACUCUGCUCUGAAGCAACAGUUUCACCAGGCCUGAGCGUUUCCCGCUGAUACAUGAGUUCCAAAGACAAUGAGCAUCAGUAAAAAAAAACUUGCAAACACAAGGAAAUGAAAUACCAUGAGAGCCAGUGGGAACAGCAGAUAGAAUCUGUAGUCACUCAGACACCGGAAUUAUCAGAGAGAAUAUAAACAAUGUUUUCUGUAUCUAAAGAAAUAAAAGAUUCUUGGAAAUAUGAACAAGGGAUAGUCUUUAUAGUC